AUGCGUGGAGGCAUGCCCCUCCCAGGCCCACACAUCUCCUCUGGAAACGGGCCCCCUAUGCGUGGAGGCAUGUCUCUUCCGGGACCCCACAUCUCCUCUGGAAACGGGCCCCCCAUCCGUGGAGGCAUGUCUCUUCCAGGACCACGCAUCUCCUCUGGAAACGGGCCCCCCCUGCGUGGAGGCAUGCCUCUCCCAGGCCCGCACAUCUCCUCUGGACAUGGGCCCCUCAUGCGUGGAGGCAUGCCUCUCCCAGGCCCACACAUCUCCUCUGGAAACGGGCCCCCUAUGCGUGGAGGCAUGUCUCUUCCGGGACCCCACAUCUCCUCUGGAAACGGGCCCCCCAUCCGUGGAGGCAUGUCUCUUCCAGGACCACGCAUCUCCUCUGGAAACGGGCCCCCCCUGCGUGGAGGCAUGCCUCUCCCAGGCCCGCACAUCUCCUCUGGACAUGGGCCCCUCAUGCGUGGAGGCAUGCCUCUCCCAGGCCCACACAUCUCCUCUGGAAACGGGCCCCCUAUGCGUGGAGGCAUGUCUCUUCCGGGACCCCACAUCUCCUCUGGAAACGGGCCCCCCAUCCGUGGAGGCAUGUCUCUUCCAGGACCACGCAUCUCCUCUGGAAACGGGCCCCCCCUGCGUGGAGGCAUGCCUCUCCCAGGCCCGCACAUCUCCUCUGGACAUGGGCCCCUCAUGCGUGGAGGCAUGCCUCUCCCAGGCCCACACAUCUCCUCUGGAAACGGGCCCCCUAUGCGUGGAGGCAUGUCUCUUCCGGGACCGCACAUCUCCUCUGCCCAUGGGCCCCCCAUGCGUGGAGGCAUGUCCCUUCCAGGACCACACAUCUCUGGAAACGGGCGCCCCAUCCGUGGAGGCAUGCCUCUCCCAGGCCCGCACAUCUCCUCUGGAAACGGGCGCCCCAUGCGUGGAGGCAUGCCACUCCCAGGCCCGCACAUCUCCUCUUGA